CAUCACACCACUCUGGUCAUCCAUCAGUUGACAUAUCAGAGAAUCCACCAAGUACAUCACAGCAACCACCAACACGGCAUGUGGCCUCAGGUGCACAAGGAUGCAGCGCCCCCAAAAGGAUGAAGUUUGACAGUUCAGCCCAAGAUACGGCUGCUGAUUUCUGUGAAGAUGCCCUAAAGUCAUACUACAGGGGGAAAGGUAGCUUUGUUAAAGUGCUUCCAUGGGUGGGUGAUGACAGGAAACACAUUACAGAAAUCUACACAAAGUUACAGUUAAUACUUGGUAAGGACAGAGUGAAGAAACUGGCAUCAUAUGAUGAUAUAUUACAACUUGAGACAGAAGAGGGAGAUCUGAUCCUUAUAGCUGUUUUAACUGGGUUAGCUGGUAGAGGAAAGACCACACUUUUUAACAAAAUUGCAUAUGAUUGGGCAAUUUGUUUUAGUCAGGUACUACAGAAGUAUAAACUUGUCUUCCUGUUGAAAAUGCACGCACUGGAGCAGAGUUCAGAUCUUGUUGAUGCAGUUUUUGACCAACUCUUGGCUAAAGAUGUAAGGAUUGAAAGAGGUGCCCUGGACAUGUUUAUCAAGAACAGUCCUGGAAGUGUCCUCGUUUUACUAGAUGGCUUUGAUGAGCUCAUGACUACCUCCUUGUGUGAAUCCUCAUUUGGUUCCAUUCUGGAGAUCCUUAGUGGAAAGGUGUUGAGGGGCUGUACUGUACUUGUAAGCACCCGCCCCUCACACCUUGACAGACUUGUAUCAGAGGAACUUGUUCAGGAACCAUUCACACAUGUCAGGGUCAUGGGUUUCAGUAGAGACGAUGUCACUGAGUAUGUUACUAAUUUUUUCACUAGUGAACCUGACAAGGCCAAGGGGCUUCUUGAAAAGAUUGAAUCGUCACACCUUCUGUCUAGUUUAUCUGAAAGUCCAAUGCUUGUUCUUUUGAUGUGUGUACUAUGGAGAGAAGAUUGCACACUCCCAGAAACAAUGUCACGUCUGUAUCGUAAUGGAUUUUCAUAUAUCUUCCAAAGAAAAGGAUUGGACUCGCAAGAUGAAGUAGCAAAAGUUGUGAUUGAAAUUGGCAAGGUUGCGCUGCAUGGUCUUCUUUCUCCAGAUCAGUCACUCUCUUUCAAAGAAAGUGACUUUGAGCCGAGUGUGCUUGAGCUGGCUCUCAAAGCAGGUAUUCUGACCAGACAGACAGACCGCAAGGGACUACAGACUCACAACUGUAUUCAGUUUAUUCACAAGACAUUCCAGGAGUUCUCUGCUGCUGCUUACUUGCAAAGCUUGUUAAAAGCAGACCCAAAGAAAUUUCAGAAGAUUUUGAAUAAAAUCAUGUCAAAGGGUGCAAGCAGGUUUGAGUAUCUUCUGCGCUUUUGUUGUGGUGACAAUGAGGCAUGUACAUAUGAGAUUCUGAAGGUAUUUCAGGUGAGGUGUCAGAAGAAAUUGGCAUUCAAAUUAAAGAUUGGUCAGUUGGCACUUCAUUGUUUCUUUGAAGGUCAAUCCAAACGUUUGCCUCCAGAGGAAUUCAUACAUUCAUUCAUAACAGAUGAAAUUCGCAUUCAUGAGCGUGACAGGGAUUGUCUGAACUCAGUCAUAUACUUUGUGAAAUGUGUUGCUGAACAGACAAAAGGCAGUGGCAACAAAUACCUUGCUAAUGUACAUACUUUGCAUAUACACCAUUGUAAAUGGACAUGGUUUAUUGAGGAGUUAGCUGUUACCAUGUGUGCAAUGACAAAUCUUCAUGCUGUAGAUUUCAAGGACAAUGCAGAUACUGGUAAGUUGCUCAGACAUCUACCCAACUUGGUACCUCAUUUGAAUCUUUCUGGUAAUAACCUGGGUGGUACAGCAGCAUUGUGGUGCAUGCAUUUGAAGCAGUUGAAGUCUCUUACAAAGCUGAACUUGCGUAACUGCUCAUUGAAUGGACAGGACAUCAAACAAAUUGCUGAGUCACUCGGGGAUCUACCCAACUUGGUUGAAUUGAAUCUUUCUGUUAAUAACCUGGGUGGUACAGCAGCAUUAUGGUGCAUGCAAUUGAAGCAGUUAAAGUCUCUUACAAAGCUGGACUUGGGUAACUGCUCAUGGAAUGGACAUGACAUCAAACAAAUUGCUGAGUCACUCGGGAAUCUACCCAACUUGGGUGAAUUGGCUCUUUCUGGUGAUAACCUGGGUGGUACAGCAGCAUUAUGGUGCAUGCAAUUGAAGCAGUUGAAGUCCCUGACAAAGCUGGACUUGCGUUACUGCUCAUUGAAUGGACAGGAUAUCAAACAUGUUGCUGAGUCACUCAGCGAUCUACCCAACUUGGUUGAAUUGAAUCUUUCUGUUAAUAACCUGGGUGGUACAGCAGCAUUAUGGUGCAUGCAAUUGAAGCAGUUAAAGUCUCUUACAAAGCUGGACCUGGGUCACUGCUCAUUGAAUGGACAGGACAUCAAACAUGUUGCUGAGUCCUUCGGGGAUCUACCCAACUUGGGUGAAUUGAAUCUUUCAGGUCAAAAACUGGGUGGUACAGCAGCAUUGUGGUGCAUGCAUUUGAAGCAGUUGAAGUCCCUUACAAAGCUGGAAAUGCAUUUCUGCUCAUUGAAUGGACAGGACAUCAAACAUGUUGCUGAGUCACUCGGGGAUCUACCCAACUUGGGUGAAUUGAAUCUUUCUGAUAGUAACCUGGGUGGUACAGCAGCAUUGUGGUGCAUGGAGGUAAAGCAGCUGCUGCACCUUCAGAGGCUGGACCUCAUGGACUGUGACUUGACAGAGGAAGACAAGAACCAUAUUGAUGAGUCACUGAGUGACCUGAAGAAGAAUGGAUUAGACAUAAAUUUAGGACAUAAAUUUCACUGAUUUAAAUCACGAUUUAAAUCAUACAAUUUUGUUUAAAACAUCACUGAUUUAAAUCAAAUGAUUUGUUUUUUAAAUCACUGAUUUAAAUCAUUUGGUAACAGUCUUAUUUUUGGCAAAGUAAAUUGACUGAGGGUCAUUUUACUCAAUUAAAUCAACUGAUUCCACUUACAUGUAAUUACAAAGAGUAAGAUAUUGUUAACACAUUCAAACACCCCUACUUCAUCAGCAUCGACUCAACUUACAUGUUGGUUUUGCAUAAUACCCAAAAUCAUUGUUUUGAUUAAAGUCAAGAUCUGAGUUUAAAAGUUUUUCUUCAAAGUUUGAAUUUUAAAG